UCGCCUCUCUCUCUCUCUCUCUCUCUCUCUCUCUCCACGGCGGCGGCGGCGGCGGCGGCGGUGGGCAACGGCGUCCUUCCAAACGCGGGAAGCCAUGGGCUGGCCACGGGCAUGGUUGCUCGCUCGCGGCUUCCGUGGGUUUCGUAGCCGACGGCCAUUGGAGGUAACUGUGAGGUGAGGAUUUUCCCCCGGCCUCCACUAUCAUAGCAUCGUUCGUUUGCGCGUAAUCUAAGUCUGGGGGUAGCGAAGAUGCUUUGAUUCUGUGGCCGCGAGACGAGACACACGGGGGAAUCUAGGAUGGGGGAGGGAAUGGAAGUCGGCAUUUCGUACGAUUUGGCCGCUGAAAACGAGAUCACCGGGCCAAUGAUACGACCCUACGUGCCAACCUGCUGUCUACACAAAAUUGGACCAAUUGUUCCCUGCAAGAAGAAGGAAACAUCAGAGCCCCGAGAUCAGCUAGAUCUUAUUCUAGUUAAUCUAUCUAUACUUCGUCGCCUCCUCCUCUCACAGUGGCUUUAUCGCAUCUUAUGAUUCUUAUCCAGGCAAUCAGGCAUCAUUCUUUAGCUCCUAUGCCACAGAUCAAUUAUCAGGUACCUUUUCCAGUUUCCUGCUGGGUUCCCUACUUUUCAUCAAGUGCACAUCUAUGUUGGGAAUCCAAUCUUUGAUGUGCUAUAUUAGUAUAUGGUGUGGAUCCUGUUCUUAUGAUGUCACCGUCACAUAAUUACAUGCUUACUUGCAGAGGUAAAUACAUGAUUAAUCAGAAAAAUAUCAGAAGUUUUUCUUUGGGAGUGCUAGGAGUUUGGUUCAUUUGAUCAUAAAUUUUCUUAGCUUGUUUCAUCUUUCAUAUUAUUUUUCUCAAUGCACCACAUAUCAUGACAGGCUGAUAUUGUUAGUCAACGUGAUCAGGAAAUCCAAUACCCUUGGCUGGUAAGUUUGAGUUAUAAAUAUUCAAAUAAAUAUUUGAGUCCUUUUGUUUUCAAGUACCAAAUCCAUAGAAUAGAUUAUUGCCAAGAGAGCACCCUGGUACUUGACUGUAGAGAUUUGUAUCCCAUGUAAUACAAGAAUCUUGGCCACUUGCAUGGUGGGGGUUCUUCCCCAUCGUCCACACCUUAGGAUGUUGACGAUUUGAAUUAUCACGUGGGAGAUUCGCAUAUGUGCAGGUGACUUUUGUUUUUGCUGAUGCGACUGAUGUAAAGGAGCCAGUAAGUAUUUUGUAAUCCACACUUUCAGGCAUAACCUAUUUCUAAACUCUCAUCAUCAUAACUGGAUGACCUGUUCCUCUCUCUUAUUAAAAACUUGCAGUUUGUGGCCUAGUCAACUAUUUGAUGUUGGCCAAAAUGUAGACGUGGCAGGACUUUCAUUUUAAUUGGAAGUCCUGAGGACUAAGAUGAAAGAACAAAAAUCUGAAGUAAAUGCUAAGAAUUUACAAUGUUAAAAAAAAAACUGAACUACCAAAUCGCAUUUUGGCAGGAACAAACCAUUUAGAAAUGUUCAGCGAAUUCAUUUUGUAUAGCUUUUGAAGUUCUCUUGAACAAUUAGUCCUUUGAGAAAAGAAAGUUAUGGAAUGAUGCCAUUGGAAUGUUCACCAAGAAAGAGAAAUAAAACAUGAUUUUCUACAUGGAAUGGACCAUUGUUAUAAUAAGUGGUAAUUUCACCAUCCUACAGGGUUACCAGAAAAGAAAUUCCUUAGACUGUUUGGAUCAUGCUUGGAUCAGAUCUGUCAUUUUCUUUUUAUAGAAAAUCUGGAGGUUCAUAGUACCCUGAACUAUCUACCAAUCACUGUGCUACGGAAAUCAAACAUGUAAGUAUGUAUCCUCUCGCAUAACAUGCAGUUAUCCCAUGAAUCUAGUUAUGGCACUUCAUUGUACACUAGAUCCUAUUUACAUAUUUUUUACUAGAAUAAACCUAUAUUGCUCCCACCAGCAAGGUUAGUGACAUUUUGGGAUGACUGCAAUUACAUUGAAAAAAAAGGUUUAUGUAAGUUUUUCUUGAAAAAUGUGUUCAUGAUAUAUUUAUAUUCCGUAAACAUGUUACAGUAGAAAUUAAUGGCCAAACCCAAACUUACAUGUCAAUUUCCAAAAUGUCAAUUAUCUGUGACUGGACAUCAAAGUGACUUAAUGUUUGAAUGAAAUAGCUAUUUUCAAUAUAGUUUCUGUCUAUGAACAUUUUGACUGAAUAUCUCCAGUAUGUCGUCAUUAUGCGCAAAGGGGUUGAAUUCUAGGUGUUGAUAUGGAUUGUUUUUAUCUGUUUUGUUUGACUACAUAUCACAGUUGAAUAAUAUAUCUGGUUUGCAUGUCAUUCUUUUCUAGCACCAUGACAGAUUAGUUUAGUUGAAAUAUGAAGGGGUAGAUAAGUACUUCUAUCCUUUCUGGCGCAAUAAAAGCUUAUUUUCCUCAAUUAGAGGAAGUCCAAAUAGGCAUAUAUUUAAUGUGUGUCCGUUCCUACUCAUUUUAUUGGCAUUUCCUUUAAAUAGGUUCAGUGAAGCUGCAGAGUGAAGGUUAUAGUGAAGACUGGCCUGCUAUAUGUGCAUUGCACAAGACAAUCUGCAGUCUUUUUGUCCUCUUGAUUUGAAUAUAAAGGACCUUGGCCUUUCUUGAAGGAGGAUGAGUUCAUCCUGGACAACAAAGCAGAAUAAGGUGUUUGAGAGGGCGCUGGCAAUAUAUGACAGGGAUACGCCAGAUCGCUGGCAGAAUGUGGCACGGGCAGUUGGUGGUGGAAAGUCAGUUGAUGAUGUGAAGAGGCACUAUGAAAAGCUGAUCAAGGACGUGGAUCGCAUUGACUCUACAGGAGGCCAUCAAGGAUCCCAUUACAACAGCUCCAAUGCUAGCAGCAGCAGCAGCAGCAGCAGCAGCAACUCUCGGGGCAGUGCCAAUGAGGACCAGAGGAGGAGGUACCACAACUUUCAGUGAAUGUGACAUUGACAUCUCGAAAGCCGAAAGCAGCCUGAGUUCCAGCAAGACCGACACAUAUGAUCGACUGUCCCUGCAGAUGCUACCUUCACUAUUUCGUUUAUGUUUUCUAUUAUGCGCGUGUGUGAAUCAGAACUGGCCCUAAUAGACCAGUAGUUAGUAACUUAGUUUCAAUUGAGCUAUGACUGGUUUGCUGAAUUAUACUGUUGUAUUCCAUCUGACGAUGCUGUAUAUGUAAUAUCUGAUGGAAAGUUUAUAAUCUUCUCUGAGAUCUAAAGUUCACAUGUUCUUACUA